AUGCAUUUCUCCAUCCCCGAAACGGAGGUUUGUUCGGGAGAAAAUGGAUCAACCUAUGUGGCCUACAACAUCCAUGUCAAUGGUGUCCUGCAUUGUCGGGUACGCUACAGUCAACUUCUAGGACUCCAUGAACAGAUAAAGAAAGAGUAUGGCAGCAACGUGGUGCCUGCCUUCCCUCCAAAGAAGAUCUUCACACUGACUCCUGCUGAGGUCGAACAGAGACGAGAACAGCUGGAGAAAUACAUGCAGGCUGUGCGUCAGGAUCCAUUGCUUGGAGCCAGUGAGAUGUUCAACAGUUUCUUAAGGAAAGCACAGCAGGAGACCCAGCAGAUUCCCACAGAAGAAGUCACUCUAGACAUCUGCCUCUCCAACGGUCAGAAGGUUACCGUCAACAUUCUGUCCUCAGAUCAGACAGAGGAUGUCCUUGAUGCUGUUGCAACAAAGCUUGACCUUCCAGAUGACCUUGUGGGUUAUUUCAGUCUGUUCCUUGUCCGUGAAAGUGUGGAUGGAGGAUUAACAUUUGUACGGAAGCUCCAGGAGUUUGAGCUACCUUAUGUAUCCAUUACCAGCCUACGGAGCUCUGAUUUCCAUAUACUCCUACGGAAAAGCUACUGGGACAUGGCAUAUGACACUGAUGUAAUGGACAACAGAGUUGGCCUGAAUCUGCUAUAUGCCCAGACAGUGUCUGACAUUGAGCGAGGCUGGAUACUCGUCAACAAAGACCAGCACAGGCAGCUCAAAUCACUGCAGGAGAAAGGCUCCAAGAAAGAAUUCAUCCAUCUAGGUCAGACACUCAAAUAUUAUGGCUAUAUCAAGUUUGAUCCGUGCAUCACCGACUUCCCAGAGAAGGGCUGCCAAGUCAUCGUCAGCGCUGGCAACAAUGAGCUCAACUUCCACGUCAAACUGCCUAAUGAGCAGAUGAAGGAGGGAAGCUUCAAGGUGACACGCAUGAGGUGCUGGCGCGUCACAUCUUCUCAAGUCCCAGUGUCCAAUGGUACAACCAACCCCUGCAGCUCGGCCAAAUGCGAGGUCAAACUGGAGUUGGCCUUCGAGUAUCUGAUGAGCAAGGACCGCCUCCAGUGGGUCACCAUCACCAGUCAACAGGCUAUCAUGAUGAGCAUCUGUCUUCAGUCUAUGGUGGAUGAAUUAAUGGUGAAGAAGUCAGGAGGCAGCAUUAAAAAGAUGCUGAGGAAACGACACAACGGCUCCAUCCACCGACCAGACAGUCAGCAAGCUGUGAAAUCUCCCCCCCUACUGGACUCUCCCGACCCAAACCGCGAGCAAAUUGUCAAACUCUCAACCAAGCUGAGCUCCGUGUCCCUCCGAGGGAUCAGCGCCUCCAACUCAGCAAACGACAUCAGUGGCAAUGAUUUCCACGGCAACUACGCUUUCGAGGGAAUCGGGGAUGAUGACCUGUAACCCCCCCAACCCCCGAUCGGUCCAUUCUCCUCUUUCCAUUUCCACUGUCACCAAGCGGGACGACAAAGAUUCCAAGCUGAGCUGAGCCGAGCUGAGCAGAAUGAGUGUCUGAUUCUGCAAGAUUGUAGCUUCUUCCUGGAGAAAUCGCUGCCUUAAGCUCAUCCUGAUUUGUAUUUUACUUCCAAGCGUCAUAUUAAAUCCAAACAUUACUAGCAUGUAAAGUUGCAGGUAUUGAACAGAGGACCCAUUCUGUCUCACUUGUAUUACUGUUUUAUCAAUACAGUUAAAGGUACAAAAGUAAAUUAAUAUAUUAUCAGCUAAACACAUUCUUCCUUUAGUGGCUGCAUGUUUUUGUUUUUUUUUUCCAACCAGAGCCAAAUGUUUAGUUAGACCUGGCACUAGUGAUAAUACCACAGAACUGGACAUGGAUUGUUCUCAAAAGAAGUCGUCCAGCUAAUGUGUGGAAUUUGAUCUCAGUCAAGUGAUUGAAACUGUAGAUUUUUCACAACUGCUUACCUACGUUGGCUUGGCUUUAAACCAAAAUGUCUUGUUUUUGUUAGUGAUUCUCUGCGUCGUGCUUUUUCAUGCGCCACGUCAGUAAACGGUGAAGAUAGUUUUCAGUUCGGGGCACAGUCUCGCAUACUGCCUUCAGAAAUAGUCUGACGCCUUAACUUUUCCUUUUCUGCCUCACAGGUUCUCUAAUCAUUUAACAGCACAUUUGUCAGGACGGCUUCGAAGUUUGCCUGUGUUUUGUCUUUCUUUUUUUUUUUUUUUUAAGAGAAUCUCGCAGAACUUGACAGGUGGUCGAUUUGGCCGAGCUGCUUGCACUUGCUGAACCCGUCAUUUUGCACAGUAUUACAGGUGGAGGUGAAUGUUUGAGUAGACGCUCAAACAUGACUUGUACAUUGUGUGGAGAUUUCGAAAGGGGCUCUGCGAUUCCAUCUAUGAUUUUUUUUUUUAAAGCAAUUUUUUAAGGUCUCUCAUAAAUGCCAAAUUAUAGUUUACUAAAGCGUUUUGCACAAAAUAAACAUAAAAAUUACGUCACUUUUUAUAUUAUGUACAUGUAAUUAAGUAUUCUGAACAUUUACUAAUAUCUUUAUCAUCAUAGCUUAUUGUAAUCAAAUAGAUCAAAUGUAAUCUAAGCUGUAUAGAACAAAAAAUGUAAAUGGACUAACAUUUAUCAUUGUUUACAUAAUGUUUAGGGGACUUUUUAGUUAAAAUGUAAAGUUUACAGAUUUUGGUUCUGAUUAUCUUCGUUGCGUCUCUUUGGGGCCGUUGGUCUUUGUCGUAAUUUGUACGUUCAGUGUGCCGAUCAUCUCAGAGGAUUUAGCUGAAAAGGUGCUUGGUGAACACUAUUGCUGGAGUGAAAAAAACUUAAUUCAGAGCAGGCAACAAAAUGAACAUACACCGCUGUUUUUAUAUAUACUGUACGUCAUUCCAUUUGUUCUCAGCUUCACUUUUUUUUUUUUUUAAGAGCUGCAUCUGUGUUUUAACGCCUCUAAAUGUUAAAUCAGUGCCAACAGCUUUACUCACUGGUUAGCCAGAACUGUAAACAAAAUGUGUCUUUUCUUUCACUGCUGUGCUUUUUAUCCACUGCAUUUUUUAUAGUAGGGAGAUCUUCUCAUUUCUCUCUUAUUGCCAAUAUCAAGUACAUGAAAGCUGCCAGGUCCUGGGUGUCUAGAUGUGUACGUAGGUGCCAAAUUACACUUUGAAGUGUAUUUUUCAUCAGCAUCACAAAUGUCAAAUUUCAUGGAUACUGUACUGACUCGACUCAUUCCACUAUUCACUUUGAUUUUAGUGCUAAGGUCGGUGGGUCUGUUUGCCAUGAUGCUAAAAUAAAUCUGAAAUUAGAUCAUC